AAUCUGUCCAGUUGUCCUAACUGGUUAACUACUGGGGAUUAUCGCUUAUUAUUUGUCUGUUUUUCAAGUUCCUAAUCGGUUGCAUUUAAGCUGAUCCAAUUCAGACAGUUUAAUUGCAUUUGUCUGGUUAUAGACGAGCCCCCAAUUGCGAAUAUUUUUGAACUUUGGACCACUAUAAAUCCACCAUCAGAUCACGAUGACUGCUCAUUUUGCCUCACGAGACCAUCGUUUAAAAUGUUUUCGUUGUGCUCGAUUAAUUAGUGGAAGACCGAGUUAUAAAUUAAGCGGUUAGAGCGAUGCGAAGCUCAGACUGACUGAAAUAAUGGCCUGGAAUAUAGCUCUGCUGAUCUGCUGUUCGGUGGUACUGGUUAGGAGUAAUCCCACUGAUGUAGACUGUACUCGUCGUCAGGAUUUCAAUACUGUAAAGGAUUGCUGUGCCUAUCCGACUUUUAGAUUUGAACAAUUUAAAAAAGAAUGCGGCAAAUAUAUGCCAGUUGGUGCUCCCAGAAUAUCACCCUGCCUCUAUGAAUGCAUAUUUAAUACGACCAACAGCAUGGUGGACGGUGCCAUUGAUCCUGACAAUCUCCAACUCAUGCUGGAAAAACUUUUCGGUAGUAAUCCGGACUUCAUAGAUGCCUACUUCAACGGCAUAAUGAGUUGUACAGAAACUGUACAAGAUAUGAUAAGCAAUAGGAGACCUCGUUCUAAAAAUAAAACCUCACAGUGCUCUCCAACUGCCCUCUUCUAUGGAGUUUGUGCCCAGAAAUACGUCUUCAACCACUGCCCCUCAUCCAGUUGGUCCAGCACUGAGUUAUGCAACUUGGCACGAUUGCAGAACAUGAACUGUACGAGUGCGAGAUCAUCACGUGGUACUAGUAGUCAAUAAGUUGAGAGCGGUAAUAAAAUAU